UCUAAUUUGCGUUAAACAUCAUAUAAGAACAUUUAUUUAGCAGUGUUGGUGUGGCAGUUUUGCGCGAGCCCUGCUCUUGAUUGAAAUUGAUAGGUUUGCGUUGUUUGAAAAGCCAUUUCAUUCCGGGGCUAAUGGGUUCAAGUAGACAGGAUAAGGCAGCCUAUAAUUUGAAAAUGUAAAUAUAUAUAUAUAUGAUAUAUUUCUGUCCUACAUGUUCAUUGCAUUUAUGUUGGUCUUAUUACUUCACUUAAACCGUGUAUACUUUGGGAGCUAUGCUGAGAGGGGAGUACAAGAGUUUGUCCUUCAGGCACUGUGGACAAAAGUGAACUGUAUGUAUCUGUAUGGAACUCGGUGCAGGCGGUUGUGGCUCCUGUCGCCGUAGACAGGACAGACGCAACACGGAUUCACUUUAUCGUCUGCUGUUAGAGAUAAUUUUCUAAACGGAAACCAGCUGUCGGGCUUCAGCGACAAGCAAUUGUUUGGGUGUUCUGGGAUAUUAUCACCUUCAUUAACUACCGCACCCUCCUUGUUCGUAAAUCCGACAGACUCAUUUCGGAGUUCGCUCCACCGUGAAGCCAGCCGCACCACAUGCCUUCAAUGCUUUCGGUUGUUGCGAGCUUUGUUUUGUCUCUUCGAGAAACCGGAGUGAAUGGGAGAACUCAUAUCGAGUUCAGAAGAACGAACGUCUGACAAUCAGCAUUUUUUUGUAAUGGUAUUAGUAUGAGAACAAGAUUAGCACUGUCCGAAGAUGACUUAUUUUCUUCCUAUUUCCCGUGAUUUUUAACCUCUCCGCUGCAGCCAGUCUGCCUUUGGACUUUUCUUUUAUUGUUGAAUAUGCCUCUGGUGAAAGUUUUGGGUUAUCCAACGAAGAGACUGCUCUACGGCUUUUACUGCACUGUACAAUAGAUGCGUGCGGAAAGUGGAAGCAGUGUAACUCGAGGCGGGGUUAAAGUUCAGCUCUAUGGGGUGGUGAAGCCUUGGUUGCAGUUCGCAGAGUUGGAAAUGUGAAAGCAAGAAGCAGGCUUUAUUUUUCCCUCUCUCUCCCUUCUGUCUCUCCUUUUUUUCCCUUUCUUUUCAAAACACGGACACAGCCAUCACGGACACAGCCAUCACGCAUACACGGGCAAACACGGACACACACCCACACAUAAUUCACACAUACACACACACUCACUCACACACCAUCACACACAUAAACACGCAGACCCGUUCGUGUAACUCAAACACACACACAUACAUACACCCUCCACAUCCAAGAUUAGAUACAACAGAUAUGUAUUCUCCGCUAUGCCUAACACAGGAUGAAUUCCAUCCUUUCAUCGAAGCUCUGCUGCCCCACGUGCGAGCGUUUGCCUACACAUGGUUCAACCUGCAGGCCCGCAAGAGAAAGUACUUCAAGAAGCACGAGAAGCGCAUGUCUAAGGAAGAGGAGCGCGCGGUGAAGGACGAGCUGCUCAGCGAGAAGCCCGAGGUCAAGCAGAAGUGGGCAUCGCGCCUUCUGGCCAAGCUCCGCAAGGACAUCCGGCCUGAGUUCCGGGAGGAUUUUGUGCUCACCGUCACCGGGAAGAAGCCCCCGUGCUGCGUGCUGUCCAACCCUGACCAGAAGGGUAAGAUGAGGAGGAUCGACUGCCUGCGUCAGGCAGACAAAGUCUGGAGGUUGGACCUGGUCAUGGUCAUUUUAUUCAAAGGUAUUCCCCUCGAAAGUACUGAUGGCGAAAGGCUGGUAAAGUCCCCACAGUGCUCGAACCCAGGGCUGUGUGUGCAGCCUCAUCACAUUGGAGUUUCUGUGAAGGAGCUCGACCUCUACUUGGCCUACUUUGUGCACGCAGAUGGCCAGUCAGACAGUCCCAACCAGCAGAGUGAGUCUGACAUCAAGGACCAGCCUGAGAACGGACAUCUUGGCUUCCAGGACAGCUUCGUCACAUCGGGGGUCUUCAGUGUUGCUGAACUCGUGCGAGUCUCACAGACCCCAAUCGCAGCGGGGACGGGUCCUAACUUCUCGCUGGCGGACUUGGACAGCUCCUCCUACUACAGCAUGAGCCCCGGGGCCAUGAGGCGACCCUUACCAAGCACCUCCUCCAGCAGCUCGGCCAAGAGGAUCAAGUGUAUGGAGGAUGAGGUGGACAGUCCAGGAGAGGAGUCCUACUACCCGGGCCAGGGCCGCUCCCCGGGCAGCGGCAGCCAGGCCAGCAGCUGGCACGAAGUGGAACCAGGUACGUACUGCUCUGGAUAUAAACUGCGUGGCUCGCUAGCUAGUUCGUUCAUCUCAAGACAAGCGAGUCCCCACGCCACGCCGUCGAGCCUCCACUUCCCCACGUCGCCCAUCAUCCAGCAGCCCGGCUCCUACUUCUCCCACCCGGCCAUCCGUUACCACCCCCAGGAGAGCCUCAAGGAGUUUGUCCAACUUGUCUGCCCCGACUCUGGCCAGCAGGGAGGACAGGUGGGCUUCCUUAACAAGUAUGCAGAAAUACCAUGGGGGAAAUACUGUACAAGUGGUCGAAGAGAGAGCACUGCAGUGGAGCCCAACGGAAGCAGUCAGGGGAAGGUCCACAACCCAUUCCUGCCCACCCCCAUGCUGCCCCCUCCACCCCCGCCCCCUAUGGCGCGGCCCGUACCCCUGCCUGUGCCAGACUCCAAACCACCAUCCACCUCCACCGAGGGAGGGGGCAACUCCCCCACCUCGCCAACCUACUCCACACCGAGCACGUCCCCAGCCCAGCGCUUCGUCAGUGUGGGCCCCCGAGACCCCAGCUUUGUAAAUAUCCCUCAGCAGCCCCAGUGGUACCUGGGAUAAGGACUCCAGACCCCCUCGCCGCCCGCUGGACAGAUCGCUGGACCCCUACUUUCUCCCCUGAGUGCGACCCGACCUGAACCGACCAACACCCCGCAAACGUGCCCACGUCUGACAGAGAGAAGCCCAACACCCCCCCCCCCCCCCCCCCAAUCUGUCACCGUCUCCUCAUCCCCAGCGCCUGAGAGACUAGAGCAUCAGCAUGGCU